UUAAACGUGACGUCACCAGGUGAGCGAGUAUUCCGAAUCACUAGCCGGUGUGGGAACGAGAAAGCAUUCCUUAAUAUUUUGAGAACUUUCCUUGUAACCUUAAAAAAUGACGACCACAGACUUGUAUUCUGGCUAUACUGCUGAUGGAAAGCCAUCGUCAAGAGUAUUGAGACCACCUGGUGGUGGGUCAAGUAACAUUUUUGGUGGUGCAGAGCCAGAGGCACCCAGAGAACAAGUCCGACGAGAAAUGGCACAGCAGUCACCUGCAACACAAACCCAGUCACCUUCAAACCCAACUACUGAUGCUAAUAAUGAGUACCAGAAAAAUAAGCCUAAAGGCAAAGCUGAAGCACCAUUUGCAAUGUUCCAAGAAAGUGGAAAACAUUCCGCCCCAUCUCAGUUUGACAAAUGUGAUACAGAAUCUCAAAAUGAUGCAGAUUUUCGUUGUUACUCUGUAACGGAAUAUCGUAAUGCUGUGGCCACUAAUGCAGCAAUCAGACAAAAGGCGCAUGGAGCAGCUACUGGUGCCUUUAACCCUAUAACCCAUGAAGAGAACCAGGGGUCCUCUGGGUGCAAGGAAUAUGAUCAAAGAAAAAUUCAUCCCCAGCAAGUUAUACGUAAUCAACAGAAUCAAGAACAACCUGUUCGUAUGGUUAGGGGACAGGGAAACAACAAUACUGGAAAAGAUGAAGGACCACUUAAUGUUCAAUACAACCCUAUAACUGGUGAAGAAUAUCCUGCUGACUAUGGACAACAGAAAGGGGAAGAAAAGGAAGAGCAAGAAAAGAAUGAAGAUGAAGAAACUGAAAAAGAUAAAGAUGAAUCUACUGAUAGUCCUACUGAUGAAAACAAUAGUGCAACAGAGCAACAAGAAGCUACACCUGCCCCAGUUGUUGAAACUACACCAGCACCAUUUCAGAAAGUUCGUCAGCCACCAGGUGGUAAAUCCUCUGGCUUAUGGUGAUGACCAAUCAAAUAUCUAGAUUUAGACAAUUUCAAUGAAACAAAAACAAAACAAUGCUUCCAGUGUUUGGUUUUUUUGCAUUAUCCUUAAGAGGAAAAUGAAAAAUGUUAACUUGUACAAAUUUGUUUUUUUGCAAUAAUUUCUUCUAAAGUGUUAAUCUAACAAUUGAAGGCAUUUGAAAUUUUAGUGUUAGACUUGAUUCAGUCAUUUAUUUUCAUGCAUUUUAUAAUGGGCUAUGUAGCUUUGCAUUCCAUUUCAUGAAACUAGUUUCUCGCUUUCAUUUAUAGGAAGGACGGAGAGAUAAUGAACUAUGUUUUUUCUUAUAUUUUAUUUUUUUGUUGCUCUUUCUAAUUUAAUGUUAUAUUUCUUGUGUUAACAUGUUUUAUUCAGGCCUGUGUUCUUUUAUUUAUAAAAUUCAAAAAAAAAUGAUCAAACAAAUAGAAAUGUUUCAAAACAUCAUUUCUUGUGAUACCAUAUUUUCAACAUUAUUAUAUUUUGUUCCAUAUCUAAUGGGGGCCAUUUAUAUUUAGAAGUGUGCAUAGGACUUUUGUAAUACAAUCUUUUUUAGUUCCUUUCAUUCCAAACUUAAUAUUUUUGCUCUUCAUAUUUUUCGUGGUACAAAAGACAUGUUGUGUAUAUUGUUUUCGUUCUUUUUUUCCCCCUUAUUUUUAUGUUUUGUCUAACAAACUUUUGUAUGUGAAAUAGAAUAUUAGAAUUUUUCUCCACAAUCACUUAUUAUACGAUUGUAUAAGUUUGGAUCUUAAGAUUUUUGUUUGAGAUUAAUCUGUAUAGAUAGUUUCGACUGCCCACCGAAUAUAGGCAAUCAGUUUCACAUAUUAAAAAAUCCUAAACACCUUUGUAGCUUUACUUGUGAUAUACACAUGCUUGCUGUAAUGGUGAAAAACGUCACAUAAAUUGUUGUAAAAAUAGUGUAACGAUAAAGAAGUUGUUGUUUUUUUUCAUAAUGCACAGUGAUGUCAUAUUAUAUCCGGUAUGUUCUGUGAUCAAUUUUGUUUUACUAAAUUAUGUCCAUUUAUUUUGUGAUCAAUAAUAAUAAAGUACACCAGUGUAACUUGCUUUAAAUGUAUGUAAGUGUAUUGUUUUAAGGAAGAAAAAAAAGGAGGAAAAGUGGAGGUAUAUAUAUGUUUAAUAUAUAUGUUUAAUAAAAGUUUGCUUUAUAUGCAUGUGCUUUUUUAAAGUGUGAACAAAAUAAAUUGUAAAGGGACCCUUUGUAUGUUAAACAUGACUGUAAUACACAUGUAUGAAGAAGAAAAAAAAUGGGGAUCUAAUAUCGGUGAAUUUAGAAAAAUGGCAUCUAAAAGUUGAUUAAAUCUAAGCGUUAAGUUCCAUAAUGCACAAAGGGACUUUGGAUAAUAUAUAGAAAUACUUCUGCUUUGAAAAGAUAAAUUCAACAUUUUGCUAUUUGACAUUGAUAUUCUAGAUGUAGAUUUAUUAUAUAUGUAUGUGCGAGCAGAUUUAUUUUUGCAUAUUUUUUUUUAUUGGAGACUUAGAUUUAUUAUUAUAUUAUUUUUGCUGUAACUAUGCAUUUAUGUAAAAGUAUUAAAAUAGUUCUCAAUUUUGAAUCAGCUAUGCUCUGUCUACUUGAGGAGUGAAGAAAACUUACAUUUAAUUACUGUUUUGUUGGAAGGGGAAAUUGUAUUACAUAAGAGCACAGCAUGACAAAAUCUAAAUGGGGGAAAAUUUAUUUAAAAGGUUAUAUAUGAACAAUUCUCAAACUGUACUCUGCAUUUUAGUCAUUUUGGGUUGAAGGUCAUUAACAUUUGCAUAAUUAACUCAUUUUAUUGGUAUUAUAUAAUAGCAAUAUUUAAACUUACAUUUCUAUAUUAAUUUAAAACGACUUGAAAAUAUUGAAUAAAGAUAAUCCCCAAGUUGAAUUCAAUAAAGUGUUACUUGACCAGA